UCACUUACCUUAUAUAUUCUGCCAUUGUCAAACUUUUCAAUUCAUCAUUUCUUGUUUCUUGAAAUAAGAGAAAUAAUUAUAUACUUUCUAUAUGUUCAUAUUUCGGUUCUCCCACCGUCACGUUCACGGCUUUGUACUCCCAAAAGUCCACUGUUUCAUUACCAUAUAAAAGCAGCAAAGUAUCUCUUCACCAAAAAUCCAAUAAAAACACCCCAAAAGUUCAGUUCUUGAAUUUUCUUUUGAAAAAGAAUAUGAAGGGGUUAUUCACUAGCUCUUUGUGAACCCAAUAAAAACUCAAUUCCACAACCCCUUGGUGAACCCAAGUUCAGUUCUUGAUUUUUCUCGGUGGAAAAAUAAAACAAUGAAGGGGAUAAUAAGUAGCUUUUCACGUUCAGAUCAUAAUGUUUCACUUACAAAGACUCCAACUCUCCUUAAAAUUAUCAUUCUUUUUUUUAUUUCCCUCUUUCUUUUCAUUCUUGUUAGACGUUUUUCACCAGAUAUAACCUCCUUAGUGGUCCCCACAACAACCCCAUCUCAAGAAUUUCCUAUGUCUUUCACUCCGGCAGCAGUCGCCGGAAAACACCCACCUCCGGCGCCGGCGCCGGUGGAGAUCCGGCAGCCGGCAGUGGAGAGGACAGGGAUAAUUGAUGAGAAUGGCGCGAUGACGAAUGACUUUAUUGUGGGGGAGUUUGAUGAGGAGUUGAUAGAUAGUGUAGUGAAUAAUGGGAAAAUUAAUGGGAGUGAUGAUGAGGGAUUGAAGAGUGAUGUGAAUAGAGGAGUUUUGAAGGGUAAAAUUGGGAAAUUUAGAGUUUGUGAUGAGAGUAUGAGGGAUUAUGUUCCUUGUUUGGAUAAUGUGGAGGAAAAAGGAUUGGAUUGUUUGGUGCCAAGGCCUAAAGAUUAUAAAUUAAAAAUACCAUGGCCAAAGAGCAGGGACGAGAUCUGGUUAUCCAAUGUGCCUCGUACUUCCUUUGCCAAAGACAAAUCAGGCAAUAAGUGGGUAAAAAAGAAGGGAGACAAGUACAUAUUUCCAGGAGAUGAGACACAAUUUUCCCAGGGUGCAAAUAAAUAUUUAGAUCAGAUUUCUAAGAUGGUUCCAGAAAUUGCUUUUGGCCAACAAACAAGAGUUGCCAUGGAUAUUAGUUGUGGAAUAGCGAGUUUUGGUGCAUAUCUGAUGGACCACAAUGUCAGCACAUUGUCCAUUGCAACAAAAGAUGUGCAUAACAAUCAGAUUCAAUUUGCAUUGGAACGUGGUGUGCCUGCUAUGUUAGUAGCAUUUACUACACAUCGUCUAUUGUACCCUAGCCAGGCAUUUGACUUGAUACAUUGUUCCAGAUGUAGCAUAUAUUGGACCCGUGAUGAUGGCAUUUUGCUUCUAGAGGUAAACAGGAUGCUUAGGGCAGGAGGAUAUUUUAUCUGGGCAGCAGAACCUGUUUACAGACAUGAAGAAAACUUGUUUGCACCGUUUAAAGAAAUGGAGGAUCUUACUCGACGCCUAUGUUGGGAAUUACUAAAGAAGGAGGGUGACAUUUCUAUUUGGAGGAAGCCAUUGAAUAACAUCUGCUAUCUCAGUCGCGCUCCAGCAGUUCAACCUUCUCUAUGUGAUGCCGGUGAUGAUCCAGAUAAUGUCUGGAACAUAAACCUAAAGAAAUGUAUUACACAAAUGCCUGAGAAGGGAUAUGGAGCUAAUGUGACUGCUUGGCCUGCACGCCUUCACUCUGCACCGGACAGGCUGUUUAGUAUAAAAAUGGAUGCUGAAUUAUCUAGGAGGGAAAUUUUUAAAGCAGAGUCAAAAUUUUGGAACGACAUAAUAAGGGGAUAUAUUGGUGUUUUCCGUUGGAAAGAAUUAAACCUACGAAACGUGAUGGACAUGAGAGCUGUAUAUGGCGGAUUUGCAGCUGCUUUGCAUGAUUUCGACCUCAACUGCUGGGUUAUGAAUGUUGUCCCCGUUAGUGGUUCUAAUACAUUGCCUGUUCUGUAUGACCGGGGUCUCAUUGGAGUCAUGCAUGACUGGUGCGAGCCAUUUGAUACUUAUCCAAGAACAUACGAUUUAAUCCAUGCAGCUGCUCUUUUCUCAGUAGAAAGAAACAGAUGCAAUGUGACAACUAUCAUGCUAGAAAUGGAUAGAAUUCUUCGACCUGGGGGACGGGUUUAUAUUCGUGACACUACACCUGUUAUCGAAGAGCUCCAAGAAAUUGCACAUGCCUUAGGAUGGGUGCCAUUUAAGUAUGAUAGCAGUGAGGGACCUCAUUCAAAUUGGAAGCUUUUGAUUGGCGAAAAGCGUCUAUGAUAUGGUUGCAUUUCCUUCCCCUGUCACCCCCCAAAGUUUUGGGGCUACGGGGAACAAAUAUAUAUAUAUAUAUAUAUAUAUAUAUAUAUUUUACAUAUUUUGAUACGACGCCUUGUUUUUAUUUUUAAAGAAGGGCAAAAGAUGGUGUAAUAGAAAAUUGAAAAAGCCUCAUAUUGAUUAUACUCUAUAAACUAAUUCAAAAUAUGUACGCUAUGAUAUUUUCAAGGGAAUGGACUGACCAUAUUAUUGACAUCCCUAUUUUAUUUGUACCACUCACUAGAUAGAAAUAUUUUUCUUUUUUCUUCUUUA